ACGAGCACGAACCUAGUUUUAGGUGACACCGUAUCUCCGGCACUGUUGUUACGGAAACAGUCGCAGGCAGCUGCAAUGACAAUUUGAGGCACAUAAUGUCUACCAAAGAUCCCUGCCAAAAGCAAGCCUGUGAAAUACAGAAGUGUCUCCAAGCUCAUCAUUACCAAGAAAGCAAAUGCCAACAUGUGAUCCAAGAUAUGCACGACUGCUGUAAGAUACAUGCAAAGACAUCAGUUUGCUGUUCAGGUUUUUUAAAAGAACAAAAGAAAAGCUGAAAUCUAAUCAUUGCCUGCAAAUGCUACACUCCAAUUUCAUCUUUUCAGAUUGUCAGUACAGCAGGAAAAAAGUCACAAUAACUUGAUCACCCAGGAAUGGCAAGAGAGUGCAGAGAUAUCCUGAAAUUUACUCCAAGAAAAAUAUUAAUUAACUUCUUGCCAUCUUGUAUGUUCAUUUAAUUAUGUAUUAAAAUUUUACAUCAGC